UGAGGGAGGGAGAGAGAGAGAGAGAGAGAGAGAGAGAGAGAGAGUAAAAGCUUUUCUUUGUGCAGUCAUUUUCUUUCAGUAAAACCAGAGAACUCACACCUUCAUCUCUUCAGCCGAAAGGUCUCGUCCCCCUCUUCCUCUCCAUCCCCACCCCUUUUCCUCCCUCGCUCCCUCUGGUGUUUCCAGUGGAUGAAACAGAACAUGGUUUCUCAUUAUCAGCCAGACUCCGCCCUCUCUUUGACUGCUGGUGUUUCUCCUCCCUCCCUCUUUUGUGGAGAGCUCGGCAGUGUGCGUUAAUCCCGGAUUGUGCUGCCCUGCCGUCUGCAUCCCGUUGUUGCUGGGAGAGCAUGGCACGGCUCCAGGACCCCUGUGCUCACACAGGAGCGAAGUGAGAGAGAGAGAGAGGAGAGGAGAGAGGGAGAGCAGAAAGAGGUACGAGUCACCACUGUCACAGCUACUUGUGUACUGCCCUGCACUAUUAUUGAGUUCCAGUCACACUCUCUCUCCUUCACAUAUAAACAAGAGGGAAAAGGGGGGGGGGAGGAAGGAUGGUGACCAGUUUGUCGCAGCUCUGGGUGCAAAUGUGAUUGAAGAAAGAGGAAACCUUGGUCCUCACAUCCUGGGUUCCAGCGCUUCUCAACCUUCAUCUGCUUUUCCCCCCCUCUUUUUCACCACACACGUAAAGGGGAUUAAACUUUUUUUUUUUUUUUUUUUUUUUUUUUAAAUCUUGUGUUGGCACAUCCGGAACUCUGAGAGUAUCUGACAUGGAGUCUCCCACCAAAGAGAUUGAGGAAUUUGAAAGCACGGCCCUGAAGUACCUCCAGCCGGAACAGAUUGAAAAGAUUUGGCUACGACUCCGGGGACUGCGCAAGUACAAGAAGACAUCCCAGAGAUUAAGAUGUCUGGUGAAGCAGUUGGAGAGAGGAGAGGCCUCACUCGCUGACCUCAAGAAAAACCUUGAGUAUGCGGCGUCGGUGCUGGAAUCCGUCUACGUCGAGGAGACAAGACGUUUGCUCGACACAGAGGAUGAGCUCAGCGACAUCCAGUCCGAGUCGGUGCCUUCAGAGGUGCGGGACUGGCUGGCCUCCACCUUCACGCGCCAGAUGGGCCUGAUGCUGCGGCGCAAUGAAGAAAAACCUCGCUUCCGCAGCAUCGUCCACGCCGUUCAGGCUGGUAUAUUUGUUGAGAGGAUGUACCGACGCACCUCCAAUAUGGUGGGACUCAGCUACCCCCCUACUGUCAUAUCCGUGCUUAAGAAUGUUGACAAGUGGUCAUUUGAUGUGUUCGCUCUAAACGAGGCCAGUGGGGAACAUGCACUUAAAUUCAUAUUCUAUGAAUUACUCACAAGAUACGACCUCAUUAACCGCUUCAAGAUUCCCAUCUCUGCAGUGGUGUCAUUCGUUGAGGCCCUGGAAGUUGGUUACAGCAAACAUAAAAACCCCUACCACAACCUGAUGCAUGCUGCUGAUGUCACGCAGACUGUACAUUUUUUGCUUCUUAAGACUGGCAUGGUGCAUUGGUUGACUGAGCUGGAGAUCUUUGCCAUGAUCUUUGCGGCGGCAGUGCACGAUUACGAGCACACGGGGACAACAAACAACUUCCACAUUCAGACAAGGUCAGACACAGCGAUCCUGUAUAAUGACCGCUCAGUGUUGGAGAGUCACCAUGUCAGCGCAGCCUACCGUCUGCUGCAGGACGACGACGAGAUGAACAUCCUCUACAAUCUGUCCAAGGAUGACUGGAGGGAGCUGCGAGCUCUGGUGGUGGAGAUGGUGCUGGCUACGGAUAUGUCCUGCCAUUUCCAGCAGGUUAAAGCCAUGAAGAACUUCCUGCAACAACCUGAGGGCAUUGACAAGCCCAAAGCGCUGUCCCUGCUGCUUCACACAGCCGACAUCAGCCAUCCGGCCAAGAGCUGGGACCUCCACCAUCGCUGGACCACUUCAUUACUCGAGGAGUUCUUCAGACAGGGGGACAAAGAAGCAGAGCUCGGGCUGCCGUUCUCACCACUCUGUGACAGAAAAUCAACACUGGUGGCGCAGUCUCAAAUCGGUUUCAUAGACUUCAUCGUGGUUCCCACCUUCACCGUGCUGACAGACAUGAUGGAGCGGAUUGUCACGCCGCUCAUCGACGAGGCUCACCAUUCUGAUUUUGCUGGCUUCCGACGCUCCAGUCUGAACAGUAUUAGCUCAGAUGAAGCCAAGAGGCACAGUGGGAAGAGCCCCGAAAGCAGCUCGUCAGGCCAGAGCUCUCUGCUGUCGGUGGACAUGAAGAACUUUAAGUCCCUGUGGAACGACGAGGUCUACCAGAACAGGGAAAGGUGGAAAACUCAGGCUGCUAAAGAGGCCGAGGAAAGAGCCAAAAAGGAAGCGGAAGAGCAAGUCAAGCAGGACGACACCGUGGAGCCCCAGGAGGUCCACGCAGAAUCCCAACAGCCUGAACCAAAGGAAGACAAACUGGAGGGGGAAUCUCUGGAGUCAGCAGAGGUCAGCAGACCAGCAGAUGCUAACACAGAGGAAACAGAGGAGGGAGAACAACCUAGGAGCACAACACACAACAAUCCUCCUCCUCUGCAUAACGGUGAGUUUUCAGAGGGGGCUGAAUCUCCAGAGGAUGAAGAAAACAAGAACAAAAGUGUCGAUGCAGAGGUGGAGAUGGAGUAAUCGCCACAACACCGGCAUGCUGAACAUGUCUGUGAAAUGUCGAUUGGGAGAAGCUCACUCACAGUUAACAUCAGAGUGGAAGGCCAUCACUUGGACUGUGUCGCCCUCUACAGGACACCAAGAAACUCACACCAUCACUUCCAUUUUUUUUGUUUUAUGUCAUUGAGAGCAACCGUUUUUACUUUUCCUGCAUUUAUACUCCAGUGCUCUUGUGUUCAGAGUGAACGGCUCUACCCACGUGCAUUAUUCCUCUGGCCCUGCUUAGUGAUCAAUAUGAGACGUAGGAUUUAAUGACCUGAAUAUGAUAGACGGAGUUGAGAGGAGCCUUUGAGAGACUGAUGUAACCCUUGUUGUUGUUUGUUUGUCAAUCAUUUUGCUUAACACAACCAGACAUGUAGCCAUUGCGCCAAGUCUCACUUUAUUUUUCCCCUCGUUCCUGCAUUCAUUUGUCAGAUUUUAGUAUCACAAAGAAAAGGCUACUUUUAGUUUACUUUUAGUUUAUUUCUAAACAUGUAAUAAUGUAUUUUUAGUCCGUUAAAGUUAAUAUAAAAGUGCUUAUUUGCUGGGGGAUGUGUCUCGCAUAUAUGAGAGACUACUGCACCAGCUGUUGCAAAUGUUUCCCCUCUCUAAUGUUUACUUUCUCAGUUCUUUCCCUUUCAUUAUGUGUGAUUUUAAUGCAUUUCUGUUCCUCGCAGCCAAGUUUAUAUUGUCGUUUUGUGUUUUUUGUUUCGCCUCCACUGUACAUAGUUAAAAGUUUGUAAAUCUAUCGAUCAGAGAAGGAGUAGAAAUGCUAUGAUUCCACAAUCCAAAUAUUAUUUUUUUUUAUAUCGUGUAAGAUAAAAUAGUGGAAAUUGUCCAAAAACUAGAAUGCAACGCUUGCAUAUAUCAGACAUAUCACACUCUUAAAUGCAUUGAAGGUUUCUUAAUCUAUACAAUCGGUUUUGUUUACCUUUAUUUUCUUUUGUAACACUUGUUUUGCAUUCGUCCCAUAUAUGAAUCAUGCACUCGACGUGUCUACUUAUGCUCACACGUAUGUCAUUUCUUUGUCAAAGGACUUCUUCUUCUCGAUGCCUUCUUAUGUGUGUUGUAGCAAAUACGUCAGCACUGUCGCUGCAUUAGAGAAAAAUCUGAUAUACUGUAUGUUGUUUCAUUUCCGCCGUACAGUUACGUUAGAGCGGGUUCCCGGUCCGCUGUCGGUGUGAUGUUUAAUCGAUGUGUUUACAGUGUGCUCGUACACCUAUUAGCCAGCUGAAUCCAUCGUGCUUAUGUGACGCAUCCAAGUCCAAACUGUAUCUGCUUCUUGGCUGUGUGCCAGGUUUUUAAGGCUUGUAAUGUUGUGUAUAGAAGAUGCAAAUAUUGCCUACUGUGCAUAUGAAACAUAUUGACCCCUGCAAUGCUAGUUUGGCUUUUACUGUGUACUUACUAUGUGUAGGAGGAAGACAGGAAAAACAAGGAUUUUUGGCAGUAUUUGCAUAAUUAUUAUAGGUAUGCUUUCUCUGAAAAUUGUGCACUUGUAUUUUGUAGAAAUUCCCCUACAUUUAUCGUGCCAAGAUCUUGUUCUUGGCAUAUUAUUUUAAAGUAUACAACACAUAUGUAUACAGUACCUAUUCUAAUAUGUAUAGUAUAUAUACAUAUAUAGAUAUAUAUAUAUGUAUAUAUAGGGGUUAAAAAUUGGUGAUCACCUAAAUCUGUAUGUAAAGUUGUAGGAUGUAUGAACAAUUUUUCUUUUUUUACCACUUUGUUUUUAACACACAUUCCCCAUUUUUUAUAUUCUCAACAGGAACUCUAGUAUCACGCUGGGACAUAGCGUAGUUUGUCAUACAUAGAAUGCUACUUUCUACCUAAAACAAAAUGCAGUCGGUGGUUAGCAAGCCAGCUGACUGAAUGUGUGCCUCAACAUUUUCCUUUCCAUUUCCACACCGUUCACCUGUAGGGAAAGAUGAUGUCAUUUGAGUCUGUGCCGAUCCAGGCGCGGUUCAAAUCUUUCAUUGUUUCACACUGAAGGAGUCUUGUGGAAAGACUCGUUUUAGACACUGUCGGGAAAACUUGUAAAGUCAGCGGUUAGUGUUUAUAACGGUAUAUUUUUGCUCUCUUUUUCAUUUAUAAAAGGUCAAUUUUUGGGUGGUCGUUGUGCUCUAUAGUGUAUGUUUUCCCUUUUUACUGGACAGUUUUCGCCCCCUUUUUUGUCUUCAGCAUGUAGUGUUUAACUUCUUUUUUCUAUAUUUUUGUCUCUCCUUUGUGUAUCUGUUCACUGUGUUUUAAUCCACCAGCUCAGACAAAAUAGUUCAAAAUUAUAAACAAUGUAACAGUCAAAGCCAAUUAAACUACUAAUUAGAAGGAGAAAAACUAAACCUAUCCUCACACCCUCACAAACGUCUGCCUGACACUUGGUAUAAGGCAGCGUUUUCUGCACCGAGGGACCAACACGUGUACAGUCUUGUAGUUUGCUCUUUCACUUGCUACUGUGAUAGCCAACUGUAUGGAUAUUUAACAGGAAUUUAUACAGACCAUAAUCAGAGACAUAGCUGUAUUUAGGACAUGUAAAGACUUGGUUUUAAACGUGGUGUUUUUGUAACAGUUUCUCUGGAACAGAUUGUCGUUUGUUUGUUGCUUUUUUUUCCCCCCUCGUUUAGUCUGAAGUACUCUGUAAUGACUGAUCUGAAACUGUUCUACUCACUGAGGUUAGAUGGAUGUAAAGUGUGUGCCUGUGCGUGUGCAUGAGAGAGAGAGAGAGAGAGACAAAGAGACAAAGAGAAAGAGAGAGAAUAGGAGUAACUGCUGAAAAAUACACUAUGUGCAUUUCUGAUCUCCUCACUGUGACCUGCUAUGUUAAUGAGAGUAUGAUAUGAUCUGAUGAGUGUUUGUGUGUGUGUGUGUGUGUGUGUGUGUGUGUGUGUGUGUGUGUGUGUGUGUGUGUGAGUGUGUGUGUGCGUGUGGGUGCGUGUGUGAGAGAGAGAGAGGGAGCGAGAGAGAGAGAGAGAGUGAUGACUAUGGACUGCUGGAUAAACAAUUCUCACCACAAUUCUGGGAUUUGGGGAAAAAAAACAUAUCAUGAACAUGUUUGCUCCACUUAAAACAUGCAAAUUACAAACUGUAUGGAAAUUUAAAAAAAACAAAAAAAAAACACUGGAGUGGACAAACAGAAGUAACAGUAGUUAAACCAACGUAAAGUUUAUCCUCCUCUCCAUCCUUGAUGAUGCAGAGUGAAUACGUGUGAAUGGGUGUUUGUGGAUGCAUAGAUGAGCAUGUGUGAGAGAGUGUGUGUGUGUGUGUGUGUGUGUGUGUGUGUGUGUAUGUCACUGUCCCAUGCCGGCCAGGCGGCCAUGUGUGCCACCAUGCUCUGUGACUGCACAGUUGUAUCAAUAAAUCUGGACUCAAAGGGC